CUGUUUCAAUACAUUCAUAUUUACAACAUGAAUUGCAAUCGAUUGUUGAAUGUUCAAAUACCCAAACCACCGGAGCAGAAGAGAUCGGUGCAACCAUCUUGAAGCACGACCGUGUGUUUCAUAGCAUCUCACCAAAAAGGGCAGGGAAAAAGGGACAUAAACCAGCCCAUCCAAGUCAAAUCAGAAUUACUAUAAAUAUGCUCAUUUUCUAGUUGAUUGAUUCAAAUCAAUUACAUCUCCUUUAAUCUAGAGGAUUCAUUCCUAUCAUGCCAUUCUCAUAUGUCAAUAGAUUUUUCAAUAUGUUUUGGGUUGAUGAUUUCCAAACUGGUAUGUUGCCAUCUCUUGGAGCAAGAGUCCACCAAGAAACUAAACUAAGAAGUUACAUAAUCUCCCCCUUCAAUCGAAAUUACUGGGCUUGGGACAAGUGGUUGAUAAUUCUAGUGCUUUACUCUGCAUGGAUAUGCCCCUUUCAAUUUGCUUUUCUGCCUCAAAAACAUGACACACUAUUCAUCAUAGAUAACAUUGUGAAUGGUUUCUUUGCAAUUGACAUAGUGAUGACAUUCUUUGUUGCAUAUCUUGAUAACCAUUCUUACCUUCUUAUUGAUGAUCAUAAGAAAAUUGCAAAAAGGUACCUAUGUACCUGGUUUAUCUUUGAUGUUUGUUCAACUGCACCUCUUCAAGCCAUUAGCUCCAUAUUCACUGAUCAUAGCAGCGAGUUUGGAUUCAGAAUUCUUGACAUGCUUCGUUUAUGGCGUCUCAGACGAGUCAGUUCACUCUUUGCAAGCCUUGAGAAGAACAUUCGCUGGAAUUACUUUUGGAUUAGAUGCAUAAAGCUCAUUGCGGUGACCUUGUUUGCAGUACACUGUGCUGGAUGCUUUAACUAUUUACUUGCAGAUAGGUACCAUGAUUCAAAAAGGACAUGGAUUGGUUCUGUGUACCCUGAUUUUAAGGAAAUGAGUCUUUGGGAUAGAUAUGUGAUAGCAAUGUAUUGGUCAAUUGUGACACUAACUACUACUGGAUAUGGAGAUUUGCAUGCUAAUAACACUCAGGAGAUGUUGUUUGACAUUGGCUAUAUGUUGUUCAACUUGGGAUUAACAGCUUAUAUCAUUGGAAACAUGACAAAUCUUGUUGUUCAAUGGACAAGUCACACCAGAAAUUUUAGAGAUACAGUGAGAGCAGCAACAGAAUUUGCAUCAAAAAAUCAUCUACCUCAUGAGACACAGGAUCAAAUACUAUCACACUUAUGUCUCAAGUUCAAAACAGAAGGACUAAAACAGCAAGAAACAAUAAAUGGCAUGCCGAAAGCAAUUCGCGCAAGCAUUGCACACCAUCUUUUUUAUCCUGUUGUGCAGAAAUCCUAUCUCUUCCAAAGAGUUUCACAUGAUUUUCUAUUUCAACUGGUUACAGAAAUAGAAGCAGAGUAUUUUCCACCUAAAGUAGAUGUUAUGCUACAAAAUGAGUCUCCAACAGAUCUUUACAUGUUAGUCUCAGGGUCAGUGGAUCUCAUUCGCAGUGUUGAUGGUCGUGAUCAAGUUUUGAUGAAGGCAAGUGCAGAAGAUACAUUUGGAGAGAUUGGAGUUUUAUACAAUAAGCAACAACCAUUCACUGUUAGGACCAAAGAGCUUUCACAAAUUUUAAGGCUUAGCAGAACUUCAUUGAUGAAUGCCAUACAAGCAAAUCCAGAAGCAGCACCAAUUAUAAUGUCAAAUCUUUUUAUGAGGUUAAGUGGUCAAGAAGAUUUGGGUUUUGGACAUCCACCUACUAGAUUGUCUCUUGAUGACAUACAAGUUGGAAACAACACAAGGAGAAAUUCACAUGAUGAAUUUACAAAAAAUUCACAUGGGGAAGACAUAUUGCAUGACAUGAUACCUAACAUGAUUGAAAAUCAGCCAGAAAAAGAAGCAAAUGAAAAGAAGCUAAGUCCUGUUAGAUGGAAACAGAAAGAUCAAGAAGACAAGCAACAAAACAAGAGUCAUGAAAAUGGACAGACAUUAGAUGAACAUAUAAUAGACUUUAUGGAGACAGAUAAUCUUAGCCAUGUUAGGAGUGACCAAAUUUCUUUAGGAGCAAGUAACCAUCAAAUCGAAAGAAAAAAACCGAUUUUUGUUGAUAAGAGAGUUACCAUUCACUAUGUAGGCCAAGACAGAACCACCUUACAAGGACAACAUGGGAAGUUGAUAAUUUUACCUGAUUCAUUGGAAGAGCUGCUCAAGAUUGUUGGAGAAAAGUUUGGAGGGCCAAAGCCUACAAUAAUACUAAAUUCGGAGAAUGCAGAGAUAGAUGAACUUUGCGUCAUUCGAGAUGGUGAUCAUCUGUUUUUUCUUUCCGGCGACAAUGAAACUUUGAGUUAAUAGUUUAGAUAUAAAACUAGAAUUUAUAGUAUUCAGAUACACACAGAUUACAUAAAAUCUCAUUGGAGAUGUUGCUAAUCUCCUUUUACUAUGCAAUAAUUUUGAAAAUUUCUUUUCAUGCUUAUACUAGAUGCAGAUCAUAAUGAAUGCACACCCAAAGGAAUGAAAGAAACAAUACAAAACUACAUAAUAAUCAAACUUGUUGCUA